AUGUCCGGCGCAGAGGCCACUGUGCGCCCAGAGCUGGGCCGCCCCGGUCGUCGCCUCGCACCGGAAACGUCGGCAUCGACCUCGUCGGCCCCGCUGUCCACGCAAGCAGCUCACGGCGCGUCCAGCGCCUCCACACCACUCGCCUCAGCCAAGCUAGACGCCCCAACGACGUCAGCAGAGGCCGCUCCAGCAGCGUUGGACGCGUCAGGGAGUGCAUCUACAUCUACAUCUCACGCGCCUGUGGCUCCUCUCCUUCCGGACGAGCCCGAGAUCGCACAGCCGCACAGCUUCUUUCCUCUGAGUAACAACCCACGGCACUCGCAUGUGCAAGAGCCAGAGCCACUUACCGACGAGGUGUUUGUUCACCCCGACGACGACCCGGCAGCCACACGCGGCAUUCCCGUCUUCCGGCCGACCAUGGAAGAGUUCAAGCAAUUUGACGUCUAUAUGGAGAAGGUGCGACGAUGGGGUCAGCGUAGCAGCAUUGUCAAGAUUGUCCCUCCGAAAGAAUGGGUGGAGGGAGUGCAGCUCAUUGACCACCGUGCGAUGGGCAAUCUGGAGAUUCGCAGUCCCAUUGAACAACGCAUGGUCGGCCAGAAUGGUGUGUUCAUCCAGCAAAACGUCGAGCGUAACCGCAACCGGCCAUUGUCGAUUCACGAGUGGUUUGACAAGUGUGAAAGCCAUGCCGACUUUCGGACGCCAAACCCAAAGGAGACGGCGACCACACUCGACCGCGAUUCCAAAGAGGCCAAGGCCCUCAUGGCACAGCGUGUGGCUCAGGCCCAAGCUGAAAAGGCCGCUAGGAAAGAGAAACUCCUGGCGGCAUUGAAACGCAAGGAGGAAAGACAACGCGAGCAGAGAGAGCGUGAGGAACGAUUGGCGAACGAGCCCGUCGUUGAUGCCUCCGCACCCAUGGAGGGCGUCGAGACUGUCGCUUCGGAAGCACAGCAACCACACCACGACGACCUCCCAGGACUCGAGACUUCUUCUCACACUUCCCACUCCACCGGCGAGCCACUCGCCACGACACCCGAGGCCCAGUCUGUCGUUGACCCGAUGGCCACUCCUCACACGGCAGUGGCCGACACACCGCAAGCCGAGCCUUGCAUCGACUCGUUCUACGAGAACACCGACCUGCGCCAGGCGUGGUUGCCAGAAGGUAUCCAUCCUGAAGACUUUGACGUCGCGGCGUGCGACCGGAUAGAACGCAAGUUCUGGAAGUCGAUGGGCACUGGCAAAAAGGACAGCUGGUAUGGUGCCGACCUCCCUGGGUCACUGUUUGCCGACUCUGAGUACCCAUGGAACGUCGCCAACCUGCCCAACCUCCUCAACCGCUUGCCGCAAAAGCUUCCAGGUGUAAACUCGCCGUACCUCUACUUUGGCAUGUACCGUGCGGCGUUCUCGUGGCACGUCGAGGACAUGGACCUGUACUCGAUCAACUACAUCCACUUUGGCGCUCCCAAGUUUUGGUAUGCCGUCCCACAGGUGGAUGCCGACCGGUUCGAGUCGAUCGUCAGGAGUUACUUUCCAACCGAGGCCAACCACUGUGACCAGUUUAUGAGGCACAAGUCGUGCACCGUCUCGCCGUUCAAGCUCCACGCCCAGGGCAUCCGUGUCAACAAGUUGGUCCAGCACCAGAACGAGUUUGUCGUCACGUUCCCCCGCGGCUACCAUGCGGGAUUCAACAUGGGCUUCAACUGCGCCGAGAGCGUCAACUUUGCUCUUCCAGCUUGGCUCGAGGUCGGCCGCAAGGCCAAGGCCUGUACCUGUGUCGACUUUAGCGUCCGUAUCGACGUCGACAACCUGAUCCGCCCACCCGAUGUCGCUCCUGCUCCUAGCGAGGUGGACGAAGAGGAGGCAACAGGAGAGAAGCAGUCAUCAAAGAAGCGCAAGAGCGAGGGCGACGCGCAGAGUACACCACGAAAGCGCAAGCCAAAGGUGAAAGAGAUGCAGGAGGAGGCGGAGGAGGAGGAGCCAACGCCGUCUCCCCAGAUCCCAAAGUUCAGGAUCCCCAUCAUCAAGCUGCCAAAGCCACCCAAGGAGCCAAUUGCCCUUACGCCGGCAGUGGAGGCCAAACCGGCCAUCACAGUCGCGCGGCCAGCAUUCCCGUGUGUGCUGUGUCCGUCCCUCGCCGUCGAGGACCUCGCACCCGUCUACCAGCCCAACGACUUUAUCCGUUCGCUCGCCAAGACUCCGGGCGUGCAAGCGCACAUUUCGUGUGCCAUUGCCGUUCCCGAGGCUUUUACCGACGAGGUGCAGACGGACGAUGGCCCGGUCACGUACAUCAAGGGUCUGGAGAACAUUGACAAGGCGCGCUGGAAGCUAAAGUGCCAGUGCUGCGUUGACAAGCGUACCGCCGGUAUGGGCACCAAGAUCCAGUGCACCAAGGGCAAGUGUAUUCGCGCCUUCCACGUGCCGUGUGCACGCGACAACGAAGAGGUGCUCUACUUUGCUGGCGAGCGCCUGACCACCAACCCCAUUCCACCACCACCUGGUGUGGGUGCGUUCGACCAGCCCACGCAAUACGAGCAGACGAGCGAGUUUGUUGUCGAGCUGCUGUGUCCCUUGCACAACCCUGGCGCCGUCGAGUUGCGGAAGCGCAAGGCCAAGGACACGCUGCGGCAAAAGGUCCACGCUAUACCUAUUGGCGCCCUUGUCAAGGUGAAAGUGGGCGGUGCGUCCUACGAAACCCAGUUGCUGCAGGUCAAGGAUGAGACCGAAAAGGUCGAGGUUCGGAUGCCCGACCUCACGCAGCGCGAGGUGGCGUUUAGUGCACUCGAUUUCCGGCCCAGUGAGCCAACACUAUUGGAGAACGAGUAUGCUGGACCACCCAAGCGGAGUCGCAAGGAGACGGCUGCGACGCAUGCUCGUCCAGUGGUGUUUACCUCUCCGCCCGCCACCGCUCCUGUUCAGGCUCCUCCGCAAGCACCAAACCCUGCACCCCAGCCCCCACCACGCGUCUUGCAUCAGGCGCCGCCGCCGCUGCAGGGACCGUCGUAUGCGCCACAAAACCCCUCCAACCAGUAUUAUCAACCAGGCCCGCCUCCACCGACUUUUCAUCUGGCCAACAGUGUUGUGAUAGUCGACUCGCAACACCCUCAACACCACGCCGAGCAUCGGCCCCAGCAUUUCCCCCAGCCUCCGCCCCACCUCCCUCCGACACGACAGCAGCAGCAGCAGCACCCAGCGCCCCACCUUGCUGGACCCCACUACGCGUACCACCACCAACCAGGGCCGCACGGACCCUUUGGCCCACCACCAACCCCGCACGGGCCAGGACCAAUGCUCGUCGACCACAUGCGCGGAGUACCGCCCGGUGUCGUCUAUGGUCCUCGAGUUGCUAUUCCACCUGCUCGUGCUUUAGGCUACUCCCCUCCUCAACCUGUCCCACCGCCUAUGGGUUUCGCCCAAAACCACCGCCGCGCAAUGUCAAAACAAGUCGCCAGCGGCGUGCCCCCCGUCCCCCCUCUGCCGAGCGGUAGCCGCCAGCAGCAGCAGAACGGUGGUGCCCCCCAGCGCGGGUGGGCCCCUCCCCCCCAGCAGAACGGUGGUCCACCCCAGCAGCAGCAGCCUACGAUCCCCGGCGGUGUAGGCAAGAUCGACCUGGGGCUCGACCGCAUGAUGGCGCUCAUGAGCAAGCUCCCGCCCCUCACGGUCCCCGCAAUCCACCUCGCCGGAACGAACGGCAAGGGCUCCGUCUCUGUGCUCCUCGAGUCGUGUAUCAACUCGGCUGGUCUGCGGACACUGCGAUACAACUCGCCGCACCUGCUCGAGCCCCGCGACGCUAUCCGUGUCAACGGUCUCCCCGUCCUGCCUGAAGUGUACGCCGACGCGAUCCGCACGAUCCAGGAAACGUCCGACGUGUACAAGCUGGACGCGACAACGUUUGAGAUUGGCACGGCUGCGGCAUACUACAUUGCCAACAUGACACGCCCUUGCAUCGACGUCAUGAUCAUCGAGUGCGGCAUGGGCGGCGCGCGCGACGCGACCAACGUCCUCCCUCCCAACCUCGUCCUUGCCUCGGGCCUCACGUCUGUGGGCCUCGACCACACCGACCGCCUUGGCGACACCAUCACCAAGAUUGCCAGCGAAAAGGCGUCCAUUGCCGUUCAAAACGGCGCGCUCGUCAUCGCCCCGCAUCUCCACCCCGAGGCCCUCGAGGCAGCUCGCCAGGUGGCCGCCGAGCGCACUGCACACCUCGUCGAGGCUCACCCGAGCAGCGCCAUGCAGCCACCGUCGACGGUCACUCUGGCACCUUUCCGCGCACCUGCGCCAAUUGUUGUGCGCACGCCGCUCGCAGGCGCACACGGCGGAUUCCUCGACACCCACCUGGCUCUCGGCGGCGUGCACCAGCUCGACAACCUCAGCCUUGCUCUGACCAUUCUGGAUGUGAUGCGCAACGACGGUCGCGCUCGUGGUAUCCAGCCCAAGCUCUCCCGCUUGACCGACAAGGUCCUCCAGCACGGCGUCGCAGGCGCAAAGUGGCAAGGCCGCUGCUCAUGGCUCGAGUGGACCGACAAUGAUAAUGGUGGCCGGCGUGUCCCGCUCCUGCUCGACGGCGCACACAAUGCCGACUCGGCCCUCACCCUCCGCCGGUACGUCGACACCCUCGGCGUCACCGGCCCGCGCACGUUUGUCAUCUCUCUCAGUGCUAGUCCCGGGAAAUCGCCAAAGAGCGUCCUCAUGCCCCUGCUUCGCCCCGGCGACCGCCUGGCCCUUGCCGACUUUACCACUCCCGUCGACGGCAUGCCGUGGAUCCGCGUCGCCGAGAAGAAGGAGCUGCGGUCCGCGGGCAGCACGCUCGUCGGCAGAGACGACACGCUCAUCCACGAGAGCCCCGGGUCCGGCCCGGCCGCCCUCGCCGACGCCCUCCGCUGGGCCACAAAGGACUGGGACACCAACGGCCCAGGUCUCGUGGUCGUGUGUGGCAGUCUGUACCUCGUCGCAGAUGUGUACCGUCUCGUCGGGAGGGGUUAG